UUUUACUACUUUAUACUUUAAAUCAGUUGGCACGGUAGAUUUUUAUUUCAACAAGAUAAACCUCAGUCGGAAUGCACAAAAUGAAGGUAAGGUUAAUAAAUCAUACAUGUUUUCUUAUGGUUUUGUUUUUGCUUGUUGUCAACUGGUUUUAUUUUGCGUUGGUCUUGGUUGCCGAGUAAGGUGGUCUUAGGGUAGUUGAAAUAAUAGGUUGAACAGUUUUCUUUCUGUGGAAAAUCAAAAGUUUUAUUUGUAAAAAAAUUUUGUUGAUGCAGUUCACUUACAUUGUUUGUAAUUUGUAUGUAAAGCUAAUGUUUAUUCAAAUUGUCGAGUUAUUUUUUCUCCUUAUCUAUGCUAUCCAGUGUGUGUGUGUGUGUGUGUGCGUGUGUGUUAGGAUAUUAUUGGUGCUCACUUGCUAUGCUGAAUUAAUCCUAAACAGUAUGUGAGAGAAGGGCAGACGGAGGCUGGUGCAUAUACUAACUGGAACGUUAAAAGGCAAGGAAAGAUGUUUAUAGACUAAAGGUUCCGAUGUUGUUGUUGCACCAUGAUCUUGUCAGUGUUUAGAAGUGGGCAUUGAAGUUUGUUGUGCAAUGUUUCAGUUUGAUAUUCUGCACAUUCUGGGGUAUUAGAUUGCGCUCACUCAGAGUGUGGACUAUUACCAUUUAUGCGCCCUAAGUCCAAUAAUGCUUCUCUAUGAGGACCACAUAAUAACAUAACUAAAGAUGGAUCAGGCUCCAGGGAGAACCUGGUCAACCUAGGUUGAAAGUGAGUGUUAACUUUUUUUAAGAAAAGGGGAGAGGGCAAAACAGCAAGUGAUAAAACACUCACAAAACACUAUUUCGUGUAUAGAUUUUUUUUUUGUUUGAGUUGAGAUUUACCAACAAGUCAUCAAUAUCUAAAAUGGCUGAUGCUAACAUAAUCAAGUAAAGGGUAUUUUUGCACUCUAGAAAAUCCUAUCAAAUGUAAUUGCUAGCCAACAAGAGAUUUAAUGGCAGUCCUGGAAAAUAAGAGGACAUGUCACCUGAUUUUAUCGAUAAAAUCAGUUGAGGCUAUCACUGAAAUUAAAACCUUUCUCAGCUAGGCGUAAACAGAAAAUUGAUGUUAUACAUAUAGUGAUAUAUAAUACGCACAAAAAGGGUAUAUCCUUACAUUAUCUUGAAAGUAAGACAGGCAGUAUUUCUUUCAUGCAGUCAGCGGAUGAUGAGAUAACGUCAUUCUGGCACCAAUAUCGGCAUUUUAAAAAGCGGCACUGUACUGUAUAGUGUUACUGCGUCUGAGGAAAACACAGAUUGUGUUGAAACGUGUUGGGCUGAUUCAAAGGAUCUUGCUAAUUUUUAUUUAAUACUCUAUGUGUUUGUUGUUAAUAAAUGUUGUAUUAUUAACUUACUCUUGGUGCUUCCCUAUUGAUAUUUUGAGGAACAUCCAUCAUCAACAAUUCAGAUUGGAACAUAUUGUGCAAUAUAACCAAGCUUUCAUACCUGAGCCAGUUCAUAGAGGCUCUUGUAAAUGUGAGUGGGAUACUUUUACAUUAUAUUUAUUUAUUUAUUUCAAAUAAAUGAUACAUGCUGUAUUGCCCUAUGAGAGGUUUAUGCUCUUUCUUGCAGUGAUUGUUGAAGAUCAUGUAAGGAUAUCCCCUAUUUAUGUGUAUUGUUAUAUGUCAUUGUUUGUAUAUGGUAACCAUAUCACUGUUGUGUCACACUGCACCAUUCACCUUUUUCUGUAUAUUUACAUUGGGAGUGUGAAAUUGUUUUGAUCGACUGUGAUUUUAAACUGCACUGAUAGUGACACUAUAUGCACUAUUAAUUAGUGCUAGUGGGUAUUACACAUUUUUAUAAAAUUGAUGUUACUUAUUGCAAACUCUUAAUGCAUCCUACAGGAAAAAAAAUCAAGUCACGUGUAUGUCAUUAAAUGUAAAGACUAAAUCAAAUCUCAAUACGUAUUAGCCAUCAAUAAAAAGAAAAUAAAAGGCCUGACACAUAAGUUCCAAACAAAAUAAAUAAAUACAUUAGAAAAAAAAUUAUAUAAAUAAAGUGCAUGUGCCAUGUAAAUGAAAUUCAUUUUUAGAAUUUUAUUAUACUUUGUAUCUAGAUUCUAAACUUUAAAUCAGUUAGCCAUGUGUGUUAAUCUUCAUUUUUGACUUGCCAUAACUAUCCAUAACUAUCGCGCAUUAACCCUAUCCAAGAUGGCACUGGUAAAACAUGCUGUGUUAAACUGCGAAAAUCAUUGAAUGCACAAGGACCAGGAACAUAUGUAAGUAUAUAUAAGUGGAGCACAGACAGAAUAAAUCAUAACAAUAUGCCCCUGUACACACCAGUAAGUGAAAAUACCACAGUUUAAAUAGUAUACUUAGGUGGCUCUCGAUGUAUCCAAUAUUUUCAUAUUAAACAAAAGCACAAGUACCGAAUAAUCAUGCAGUAUAUCUUAAAAAUUGCUUUCAAUUGCUUAGUACAAAGCUUAGCUGUGUAUAGUUGAUAUAUAACAAUAAAUGUAUUGCACAAAUAGAACACAUAGAAAUCACACAUAGGAAAAUAGAUGUACAGCUGCUUACAAGAUAGCAAAAGGUGAGUAUAUGUGGGCGGAAUGCUCCGCUACUCUCUAGCGCUUGUGUGUAUAAAAUCCUUAGACGUAAUACUGGAGAUAGAUAAAUCCUAUUCCUCGCGAUAUUGUCUCCUCGCUGUAUACACCUGUCAGGGUUUCUUUGCUGUUUUAAACAGCCACCCUUCCUUUUUCAGUGUCUGAGGUUUCAGCUGUAAUUAACGAUCAGCUCCUUCAGCAUGUUGCCACGGUUACUCACCUGAGAAUAGUAAUCAACCCUGCUGCUAAUCAAUUCAGCCUAUUUAAGCAGCAAAUCCCAGAACCUCCUUGCCCUUGCGUGGUUUCCUGUCCCCCAGAAGUCUCCUUGUUCCUGUGUUUCCUGUUUGCUCCUGGUUCCUGACUCUGGCCUUGUUCCUGACUCCGCUGCCCUCCGUGCUCCUGAUCCUGGCUCGUCUGACUACCCGCUCUGGUGACUGACCCGCUCUGGUGACUGACCCCUGCUUGCCUCCUGGACUUUGCUUUUGGUGAUUUCUUUGUUAUUUAUUAAAUAAAGGUGUUUUUGCAUCUAGAUCUGUCUCUGUCUGGUUCCUGGUUCCUGACAUUACGCAAGGGCCAUGAAUACAGAUGGUACAGGCAAUACACCUAUACCUAACCUAUUUACCCGGUGGGACCAGCAGAACCACCAUUUGGACCAGUAUGCCAAUCUGAAUCCAAAACCCGGCCAGCCUGCGAUUGCGGCCGCCUCUGCCUCACUUCCUGUUCUAGCACCGGUUGUAGCCUCCGAACCUGUUGCGGCUAGAGGAAUGACUGGGUCUGUCCCGCUCCCUCAGUAUUUUGGGGGCAACCCAGCUCAGUGCAAAGAAUUUAUAAAUCAGGUUAAAGGAUACCUUGAAAUGCUGCCCCAGGCAUUUCCUACAGACAGCGACAAAGUCCAGUUCAUGAUUUCUUUGCUGUCUGAAAAAGCCCUAGCUUGGGCAAAACCUCUCUGGGAGGCAGAGAGGCCCAUCAUUUACAAUUACCCUGAAUUUGUUGCGUCCUUUAAAAGGGUUUUUGAUAUUCCAGCUCGCUCCACCCCUACUGCCAAACAACUCAUGUCUAAUACUCAGGGCACGAAAACUAUUGUUGAGUAUGCCAGUGAAUUCCGUACCAUGGCAGCAGAGGGUGGCUGGAAUAACGAGAUUCUUGUGGCUGCCUUUGCACAGGGGCUAUCCGAUGUAAUGAAAAAUGAGAUUGCAGGCAGAGAAUUACCUAAAGAUCUCGAGGAACUGAUAUCAUUUGUCACCCUCAUUGACAUCAGACUCCGAGAGAGAUCCUCAUCCAGGGAGCGCCUGUGGAGGCCUCCAGUAUGUUUGGCACCGAGCUUUUCCUGCCCACCCAAACCUCCCUCACCUCCCAUGCCUCCUGGUCCUGAGUCCUCUGUCGGUGUGGAGCCGAGGCGGUUAGGCUUCUCACGCCUCUCUGUCGAGGAGAGAGCCUUUAGGAGGAGGGAGGGCCUGUGCCUAUACUGCGGACACCACGGUCACAUAUUAAAGUUUUGCCCGAUUCGUCCGGUAAAGGGCCCGUACCCAAGAUACUGUCAGGGACAGAUCUUGGGGGGUCUUUCUGCAGACCCAGAGAUAAAUAAGGACAAACCCUUGGUGCCUAUUAUCCUCUCCUGGCCGGAGUCAUCCAUUAAAACCCGGGCAUUUCUUGAUUCUGGGGCCGCAGGCUUGUUUAUAGAUUGUGCAUUUGCAUCAGAGCACUCUAUACCCUUACAGCCUCGCAACUCCCCACUAGCUUUCGAAGCCAUCGAUGGCCGACCUAUACAGCCAACCCUCGUGACCCAGGAAACCGUGCCCAUAUCUCUGGCUGUAGGGGCUCUACAUCAUGAGAUGAUCCAAUUCCAGGUCAUUUCCUCUCCAUACUACCAGGUUGUUUUGGGAUACCCUUGGCUACAGAAGCAUAACCCCACAAUUGAUUGGCGCAAAUCUGAGAUAUUAUCUUGGUCCCAGCAAUGCACAUUUUCCUGUCUCCGGAAACGGUCAAAGUUUUGGGCACAGUUUCUGCCUCUUCCUUACCCGCUGAGUACCAAGAAUUCCAAGAUGUAUUUGACAAAGGUCAAGCUAGCGUUCUGCCACCACACCGUCCGUAUGACUGUGGUAUCGAACUCCAACCUGGUGCCAAUCCUCCCCGUGGACGGGUUUACCCGCUGUCUGUAGCAGAGAAUCGAGCCAUGGAGGAGUAUGUUACUGAUGCGUUGUCAAAGGGAUUCAUUCGGAAGUCAUCUUCUCCUGCCGGGGCCGGCUUUUUCUUUGUGAAAAAGAAGAGUGGUGAGUUGAGACCCUGUAUCGACUAUAGGGGUCUCAAUCGCAUUACUAUUAAGAAUGCCUACCCCAUUCCAUUGAUCACUGAGUUAUUUGACCGCCUCAAGGGAGCAACGGUCUUCACUAAACUUGAUCUGAGAGGGGCAUAUAAUCUCGUCCGGAUAAAAGAGGGCCACGAAUGGAAAACCGCAUUUAACACCAGGAGCGGGCAUUACGAAUACCUAGUAAUGCCCUUUGGUCUUUGCAACGCUCCGGCGGUUUUCCAGGAAUUUAUAAAUGACGUCCUGCGAGAUAUGCUGCAGAAAUGUGUGGUGGUUUAUCUUGAUGAUAUUCUUAUCCAUUCCACAUCUCUCGAGAACCACCACGCAGACAUUUCUAGUGUUCUACAUAGACUUAGAGAAAAUAAUCUGUUCUGUAAAUUGGAGAAAUGUGAGUUCAAUUGCAAACAGGUCACAUUCUUGGGCUAUGUUAUCUCUGAUGCUGGAUUCUCUAUGGACCCAGAAAAACUUUCUGCUGUACUAAAAUGGCCUCGACCUACGGGUCUUCGCUCUAUACAGCGUUUUCUUGGCUUCGCCAAUUAUUAUCGGAAGUUCAUACGCAACUUUUCCUCCUUGGUUAAACCACUCACGGAUAUGACCAGGAGAGAUGCUGAUCCACAGCAUUGGUCACAGGAAGCCAUUUCUGCCUUUGAGUCUCUCAAAGUCGCCUUUGCUGCUGCUCCUAUACUGGCACACCCUAACCCUGCCUUACCAUUCAUUCUUGAAGUCGAUGCGUCUGAGACAGGAGUAGGCGCCCUCCUGUCUCAACGUCCUAACCCAGAGAGCUCCAGGCAUCCGUGCGGGUAUUUCUCGAAGAAAUUAAACCCGGCGGAAUGCAAUUACCAGAUUGGUGAUAGAGAACUUCUAGCCAUAAUAUUAGCUCUCAAAGAAUGGAGGCACCUUCUUGAGGGUACUUCAGUGCCAAUUCUCAUCCUCACAGACCACAAGAAUCUGACAUAUCUUUCCGAAGCUAAGCGACUUUCCCCCAGGCAAGCUAGAUGGGCUCUCUUCCUAUCAAGAUUCAAUUAUGUGGUUUCUUACUUGCCCGGUACUAAAAACAUUCAGGCUGAUGCCUUGUCUCGACAGUUCUCCCCUCCAUCUAGAGAGGAGAUAACCCCUACUCCUGUGAUUCCUCCGGACCAUAUACUGGCCACCAUCCGUACUAGCCUCACCUCACACCUAGGUGAGGAGAUUCUGGCUGCACAAAGUAAUGCUCCUCCAGAGAAACCUAAUGGCCGUUGUUUUGUACCUAUUCAUCUCCGUACUAAAUUAUUAAGUACUUAUCACAACCCCAAAGCAGCUGGACAUCCAGGCAAAAACCAAUUAAUCUGGUCCGUCUCUCGGCAAUUUUGGUGGCCUAGUCUCCGUUCGGAUGUCACUGCUUUUGUAGCUGCCUGUCCUGUAUGCGCUCAAAAUAAAACCCCACGACACCCUCCAGUGGGUCUCCUGCAAACCAUACCUAAUGGUGAACGACCCUGGACCCACUUGUCCAUGGAUUUUAUCAUAGAUCUUCCGGUCUCCCGUGGCAAUACAGUCGUUCUCAUGGUUGUUGAUCGAUUCUCAAAGAUGUCGCAUUGCAUUCCCUUGAAAAAACUACCAACUUCUCAGGAACUUGCAACAAUUUUUGCUCGGGAGAUCUUUCGUUUGCAUGGGUUACCCAAAGUGAUAAUCUCAGAUAGGGGUAGCCAGUUUGUGUCCAGAUUUUGGAGAGCUUUUUGUACACAAAUGGGAAUUCAGCUUUCCUUCUCCUCUGCCUACCACCCGCAAUCCAAUGGUGCCGAGGAACGAGCUAACCAAACACUGGAACAGUUUCUGCGUUGCUACAUUUCUGACCACCAGAACAACUGGUCUGAUCUGCUACCCUGGGCGGAGUUUGCCCACAAUAGUGCGAUUAAUGCCUCUUCCCGGCUAUCCCCGUUCUUGGCGAACUAUGGCUUUCAACCGUCCAUAUUGCCUGAUACGUUCAUGCCACAAGGGAUACCGGCAUUGGAGGAACAUCUCAGGGAACUCCGUUCCACUUGGGUGCAGGUUCAGAACUCGUUGCAACGCGCAAUGCAGAACUACAAACUCCAGGCCGACUGCAGACGACUUCCUGCACCUACCUAUCAAGUCGGAGAGAGGGUCUGGCUGUCUUCUCGCAACCUACGGCUCCGUGUUCCCUCACAAUAACUGGCACCCCGAUACGUUGGGCCAUUUCGUAUACUUCGAAGGGUUAACCCUGUAGCUUACGCACUUGACCUUCCUGCUAACAUGCGCAUCUCUAAUGUAUUCCAUGUUUCCCUCUUGAAACCAUUGGUAUGUAAUCGUUACACCACCUCAGUACCACAUCCACGUCCUGUUCCGGUUGACAAUCAUGAGGAAUAUGAAAUACGCAGCAUCAUUGACUCACGAGUCUUCAGAGGACAGAUCCAAUACUUGGUGCACUGGAAAGGGUACGGUCCAGAGGAACGCUCCUGGGUUCCAGCCUCUGAUGUCCAUGCACCAUCCCUCCUUCGUUCCUAUCACGCUCGCUUCCCCAUGAAGCCCGGACCCACCAGCAGAAAUGGGGGGAGUCGUUGAGGGGGAGGUACUGUCAGGAUUUUUUUGCUGUUUUAAACAGCCACCCUUCCUUUUUCAGUGUCUUAGGUUUCAGCUGUAAUUAACGAUCAGCUCCUUCAGCAUGUUGCCACGGUUACUCACCUGAGAAUAGUAAUCAACCCUGCUGCUAAUCAGUUCAGCCUAUUUAAGCAGCAAAUCCCAGAACCUCCUUGCCCUUGCGUGGUUUCCUGUCCCCCAGAAGUCUCCUUGUUCCUGUGUUUCCUGUUUGCUCCUGGUUCCUGACUCUGGCCUUGUUCCUGACUCCGCUGCCCUCCGUGCUCCUGAUCCUGGCUCGUCUGACUACCCGCUCUGGUGACUGACCCCUGCUUGCCUCCUGGACUUUGCUUUUGGUGAUUUCUUUGUUAUUUAUUAAAUAAAGGUGUUUUUGCAUCUAGAUCUGUCUCUGUCUGGUUCCUGGUUCCUGACAACACCAAUGCCUACAGCAGUUCGUAAAGCGGUUCCAAGUUAAAGUUUGCGGGAUUAAUAGUGCCGCCCACUGAUGAUGUCAGUGCGUGUUACGUCAAUGCGUUUCGCCUGUCUGCUUUGUCAGGACGUUAGGUAUGUACUGGCUAUCUCCCUAAUGGGAAAAUUUAAGGGCAAUCAAGUCCGCCCUCAACAGUCUCUAUUGGUUAAAAGUUGAAAGUCCUCACUUGCAUAUAGACCGACCGACACUCAUUUCAGUGAUAAACUAUACAAUUAAACCAUUCACAUAUUACAAUGCAUAUAUAAAAUAAACAAAUCUCUAUUAAUAAUCAUAUGCCUCAUAAAAUAAAAGAUCAUAUAAAUCAUAUAAAAAGCAAUACUCUGCCUAAGUAUCUAUCUCAAACCUCACCUGUUCUUGCUCUGCAACCUCCUUCUACAAUUCCACUCUCCUCUCAACUAGACAUCAUGGCACCUCCUAUAUUUAAAUGCAGCAAGCGCCCCCAACAACAACCUUGGCACACCAAGCUGACUCGAUAUCUCUAAAAAGGCUGCUGAACGCUGUUGGAGAAAGUUUCACUAUGUGUCUGACUUUCUUCACUAUAAAUUUAUGCUGUGGUCAUACAACUUGGCUCUUUGGUCAGGGCAUGGAUAAUAGAUAGAAGGUGGUUGAUAUGGGGACAUAUAUUGGUAGGGCUCAUGUGGGGAUGUUUUUAACACAUGUUUGUGUUCCUGAACCUAUAGUGUUCCUUUAAUAAUUUAUCUCUUAUAGCUUUAUGUUGGGUCCCUAAGAACUGGAGCAGGACAUGUCCACUAAUGCUUCCAAAGACUCAAGUCCUUUAAUCCAUUUGGGAUAGACAUCACACUCUGCUUAUCUCUCAGAACCAGAUUUCCAAAGCUGCUUCUCUAGGGUUAUUGUCUUUACUAAUUCCUAAUCUGCACCUUUCUUUAUGGAAAAAUGUAGGAAUUAUGCAUAUUCAAACUUUCUUUAAGGAAAAUUCCAAAGAGUUGCUCACAUUUUUAGAAUUAAAGGAAUAGUUCUCUAUACCCAACUCAGCAUAUUAUGGUCAUUGUCAGAUUACUUACUGGCUAUGCUCCUUUUUUUUCAAAUAGGGUGCAGGGUUUUUCUUAAAUUACUUUGAUCAGGUUCAAGCAGUUGUGCCUGGGUGGAUAUCUGCUGUGACACCAAAUGUCCAUCUGUCACAAAUUGCUCUACAAGUUUUCUCCAGAGGAGACCUGUUCCUUUGCAUCAAUGUGGUCAAAGGUUUUGGAAGUCAUGAUUACAGGGAACAUGUGGAAAUAUUUUUUUUUUCUUGUUACAUGGGUGUUUCUCGUGUAUCCCACAUGGAACAACACAGGAACAUUGUAUAUAUUUGUUAUAAGUUCCUGACUAUGCUGGCCCACUUGGACCCUAAUUUGCCUGACAGGUGUUGGAGAUGCUCCUGGGCUUGUGGUACCAUGCACCAUAUCUGGUGGUCAUGUGAUUUGAGUACUCCCUAUAUUUAUACUGACCGUGACAGGGACUAUUCCUUUUCACCCCAUUAUGCAUGCUUCUCCUUCUGUUCCCACAAUUGUUAUCCAAAGCUACUUGGCUUGUAGCAUUCCAUAUCCUUAUAUCAGGAAUGAUCACUAUUGCCAAGAUGUGGAGAUCUGAUAAAACUCCAACUUUAGACACAUUAUGUAAAUGAGUAUCCAAAAUCCAGCUUAUGAAGUUGGUUUGUGUACCUUAGCCAAAUAUUAACCCAGAGUGUUGAUGUGGUGGGAGUCAUGGCAUAGCUACUGGAAUCAGACCAGUCCUGAGCCUUUACUUCACUUACAUGAGAUUAAUAAUAAAUGACUGAAUGUGUAAUAUGUGACUCAAGUUAAAUCAUUUUUUCUGUGUUAAACCACACUUUCCUCUUUAUUAUGGAAUGCCGCUGCACAAUGUGGUUUAUCCUCAUAGUGCAGUUUUACCAAUUUUGCUCUGAUCAAUGUUGAUAUCUACCUGGGUGGGCUCAAGGUAUUUUCGGUUAGCAAUGACUUAGGCUAUAACGUUACCCUGUUGCCAAACUGUCUCCAUGUACCAUGUGACCUGUCAUGCUAUGUUAUGUAAGACUUAAAAACUCUUAAAAACCUGUCUGGCUCAUGAAUUUAUUGUAUGUCAUUAUAUAUUUUGUAUUCCUUUUAUAUCUUUAUAUUCUUGUUAUUAUUAAUUUUGGACAGUGAUUGUCUACUUCAUGUCAUAUCUGUGUUUGAAAAAACCUUUAAUUAAAGGGACACUAUAGUAACCAGAACAACUACAGUUUAUUGCAUUUGUUCUGGUGACUAGAAACAUUACCUUCAGGCUUUUUGCUGUAAACACUGUCUUUUCAGAGAAAAUGCAGUGUUUACAUUACAGCCUAGUGAUAACUUCACUGGCCACUCCUCAGAUAGCUGUUAGAGAUCCUUAGAGAUCCUUCUUGGGUCAUGGCUGCCUAAAAUGCAUCCAAACAUUCAGUAUCUCCUCCCUCUGCAUGCAGACAUUAAACUUUCCUCUCUAUGAGGAGAUGCUGAUUGACCAGGGCUGUGUUUGAAUCAUGCUGGCUCUGCCCCUGAUCUGCCUCCUUGUCAGUCUCAGCCAAUACUAUGGAGAAGCACUGUGAUUGGAUGAGUCCACCACUUCUGAUGAUGUCAGCAGACAGCUUGUUUUUCUGAGGCAGACGACAUGCUGAGCUAUAGCUUCAGGCUUGAAUACAAGUAAGAUUUUUCUAUAUAUCUAUGGAGGCCCUGGUUGGCUAGAUGGUGGUUUUAACACUGUAGGUGUCACAUCCUGCUGUGUUCUGCGGAGAUGUCUGGCUUUGGUUUCUGGUAUCCAGUACUCUUUUUACAAUUCUUGUUUAGUUUUUCUUGUUUUUUUGGUUUUCUAUUCUAUGUCUGGUUUUCUUUAUGCUGAGUUUUUCUGGGUUCAUUCCUGUAACCCGUCCCUGGAAUUCCCAGUGUCCUUUAAAUGUUUGUUUUAUGUUGCCACACCCGUUUGUUUUCCAUCAUUCCUUUUGUUUCAGUGUCGGGCAGGCAGCUGCUUAAGCCUUCUGCCCUUUCUUGCAGGUAAGUGCUAUUGUGGUUUAGUAUGGUUCUUUUAGCGAACAUUAGGCAGUGUAGGACCUGCCAGAUAUGGGGAACAUUGGCGUUGUUGGCAGGCAUAUGCAAUGUAUGAUCGUAUAAUGUAACUAAAUCCGCCAUGAUUUUCAUAUAUAGUGCUUAGUUAUGUCUCCUCUUGUUUUGCCUAUCAUAUCAUGUCUUGUUUUAGUUUGUAUUCCCAGUCCAUGUACAGUCCUGCCCUGCCCCUGUUUAGUUAAUGUUCCCUUAUGUAUUGUGUACAUGUUCUGGGUUUAGCUUCCUAUCCUGCUCUGGUUCUGGGUUCUAUUAGUUCUGUCUUGUUUUCAUGUUUGGUGACUAUCCUAGCCUUGCCUUGUUUCUGUACUGGAUACAUGUCAGCUGCAAAGCCCCCCUAUCCAGUUCCUGGGAGGUCUGCAUAUCAAGCUCCUAGUUCCUGGGAUCCGCUGUAGCUGCAUCAGGGUUCUGGUAUGUGGCCGCGCAAACACUGGUGCUCAACACCAGAGGGCAUGUGGUUACCCAGCACCAGGCCCUGAUAAUCCACUUCCACACUGGAGACUCCCAUCAACAUCAGGCACUCAGGGGUCCCGGUGUCUGUACCGCCACCCGUGACAGUAGGGUCAGGAAUACAUGUUUGUGUUCCUGACCUUACAGUGUUCCUUUAAGUGCAAAUAAAAACAAAAAACACACAGGCUUCUCAAUGAGAACCCUCUAAUUGGUCAAGAAGGGGAAGGAUUGUAAUAGCUGCAGAUGCUGCAUCUGCAGCUAUAGCAAGAUCCUUUUUCAUGUACUCCCAAAGAAAACUUGCAAAAAAAAUUUAAAUAAAUAAUACAUGCAUGUGUACUUUAGGGUGUAUUUACUAUUUGAUGGGAAAAAAAUAUGAAUAAAAUAUAUAUAUAUAUUUACUUUAUUACAAUGGAGUAUUCCUUUAAACUAUACUACUAUUUUAAUUUUGAAGAUUAAAUAUAUUAAAAAUGACACUAACGUGUAUACAAAGCAAAAGGACAGAUUCAACUAAAAAGUGGAAAGUCCAGCUUGGUAGAUAUAAAAUAACUAUCGUCGUAAAGUUUUAUUUGUAACACAAAAGAUAAAAUAAUGUAUUUACAAUGUAACUGAUGUAAACCUCACCCAAAGUGUAAUGCCUUUCUGUUAACUAGACAACUCAUGAGACUAAAUUAAUUUCAAUAAGACCUCCUCAAAUAUCCUCACAGAGCUUUAUUAUAUCAUCACCCACAGGGUUAUGUGAGGGGAGUCUUAAAUAACAAAUGAACUCUUUAUUGAACUGGUUGGUAUGUUUUAAAUUGUGGAAGGCCUGGUAUCCUACUCUAGAUAUAUAGACGACCUACUAUUUGUUUGGAAGGGGUCUAUUAGCUCAGCUAAGGAUUUUAUUUCUUUUUUAAAUAAUAAUGAAGAAGGUCUAGUUUUAACAGCAGAUUUUAGCAACACAAUGGUUACCUAUCUUGAUCUAAAUAUUUAUAUUAAGGAUAACAAAAUACAAACGAAAGCGCACUUUAAAGAUGUAAACGUAAAUAACUAUAGGUGGUACUGAUACUGAUAGCUGCCACAAUAAAACAUGGCUAGACAGCAUACCAAAAAGUCAAAUAAUGCGUCUUAAAAGAAAUUGUUCAGACACUUUCAUGUUUACCAAACAAGCUAACACGCUAAAAGAGAGCUUCAUACAAAAAGGAUACAAUAUAGCUAAUAUUGAGUCAACAAUUAAUCAAACAGCCAGAUUAACUCAUACAUAAAGCUAAAACCCAAGCGAAACAAACUCUGAUUUUACUCUGCCAAUUGUAUUAGAUUAUAACAAAAAAAAAAAACAAUUGCAGAAUAUUAUAAAAUAAAACAUUGGCACUUACUGAAGGAAGAUGAUAUCCUAAAAAAAAAAAUUCCUGAUAAACCAGAAAUAAUAUUUAGAGGUGCGCCAAAUCUUAACAUGCACUUAACAAAAAAUUAUACAAAGACGAGCCCUAACAAAAUUAAUAAUUUUAUGAAUAAAAAAGGCUUCUAUAAAUGCAAUUGUUGCAUGGUAUGCACAAAAACAAAAACAACAAAAAGAAAUAUUACAAAAUUCAGAUCUAAUAAUACUGGUAAAAUAUACAACAUUAAAGAGGUCAUCACAUGUAAUAGUAAAAAUUGAAUAUACCUACUGGAAUGCCCGUGUGGCCUCCAAUAUGUGGGUAGAACUAUUAGGCCAUUAAAAACAAGAAUAGCAGAAAACUGCAGAAAUAUAGAAAAAGGUCCAAAAAAACAGUCAGUACCAGCCCAUUUUUGCAUGCACAGCAAUGACCCUAAGCACCUCUCAUUUAUUGGGAUUGCAAUUGUAAAAAAACACUGGAGAGGAGGAGAUGUUGUUAAAAAGAUUGGACAAACAGAAAUGCAGUGGGUAUACCAGCUAGAUACUCUACAUCCGAAUUGGCUGAAUGUCGAUUUUCAUUUAUAUAAUUUUUUAUAACUUUUUAUAAUUUUUAUUUAUAAAAAAAAUAAAAACAUUUAUAACAUACCUUUUAUUGUUUACUUUACCUGCUAUUUGCAGCAUUCUGACCAAUCUUUUUACAACAACCCUAUUCUUGUGUAAAUAUAUGUUUUUAUUCAUGAGAUUAUAUGUAUAUUACGUCAAUGUUUUUGUACUGAAUUAUCUAAAUGUAUCUCCGGAUAAAGUUCUCUUAAAAUACACUUUGACUAUAUGCACAUUUGGAGAUAGCUUACUCUCAGUGCACAUUAUUAUGUUUGUCGUAGUCAUAAUAUUAUUUUGUAUAUAACUACCACUCUUUAUUUGUGAGUGCCAGUCUCAUUUGAUUCUUCUGUAUUUUUUUGUCUUUUCUUAUUUGUGUAUAUUUUUAUAUAAACCAGAAAUAGUUAUCUAUUUAUAAAUAAUACUACCAACCACAUUACAGACAUUAAUAUUUAAUGAUCUUAUUUAUCUUAUUUCUCCCUGUGCCCAUAAUAAAUAUGGCCGCCAUGCCGUCUUUUUUUAAGUAAGUACAUGCCUACUCUCAGUGGUCUGACCACCUGAUAUAAGUGCCUGGAACGCAACGCACGCUAUUUCUGAGCAAUGCGUGUGUUCCAUAGUAGCGCAAUAAUAAUACACUAAGCAAUCCACGAUGCUAAGUCAUUUCCGGUAUGACGUGUAUAUCGCCUCACUUCCGGUAUUACGCGUGCUUUCCAACGAGAAUCAGGAAACCGGAAGAAACACACCAGGAAGUAAUUCAAGAAUUUAGAAGCAUAUAUAAACAGGACCCAGGGGAGGUUACACCACACUUUAUAUUUUUUAUAUUUUUUAUGUUUUAUACCAUGUUUUGUUUAUAUUAAAGUAUACUUUUAAUAGAUACUUUUUAUAUUCAUUCUUUUUGUUACUUCCUGGAUCCUGCAUAUCCUUGGUGGGGAUUAUACCACCCAGGCUGUUCAUACUAGAGCAAGUUUUAUGCUCAAUAAAGUGUAAGUACACUACUAUUUAUUAUUGAUUUCAUCAUCAGUACUUACUUCACCAUUGGCUGCUAUUUCUCUUUACCACGCAUACUGCACUUUGAAAUACUCGAGUCAACUAGAACAACAUAUCCUGAGACGGGGAUCGUACCGUCCAAGCGCAUCACAGUUGAGCUCUGUUAUAGCUCAUAUAAAUGUGAGUGGAUUGUGUAUAGUUAUAUUCACCACUUCAUGAUAUAAUUUUACUGUAUUGCACUAUUAUUUUUUUAUUUUAUUUCAUUCCGAGGUUUUCGAUUCAUUGGAAAUACCUGUAAAUAUAUGUAUGUACUUCUUAUAUUUAUAUAAAUUAUUAGCGCGGUUUACGCUCUCUUUUUCUUCCAUGUUUUAAAUAGUGCUGUGUCUAAUGAAGGCAAUCCUAAAAUAGCAUGCAACCUGGACAUGUAUAACUAAAUUGUCUGGGAAUUGACAUAAGCUCACUGGUGCUGCUAAAAUGAACUAGUAACGUAUCCCUAAAAUCCUGCUAUAAUAACUUAACAGGUAAAAUAGCUAAUUAAAUAGUCUAGAUACCACAGAUGUAAUACAUGGUCAAGCUAGCCAAAGAGGCAAUAGUUUCUAUAGGUAAAUGCUAGUUACACCAAUAUGCCAGGAUCUACACCAACAGAGAAGAAAGUUAGGUUUAUUUGUGGCAAAAGGGGAUAGCUUGUUCAUAUAUAUAUAUAUACACUUCACAUCACAUUAAUCCCAAACAGGUUCCCACUAAUAUAUAUAGACUUACUGAGACAGGCACAUAGCACCUCCAGCUAAAUAAUUACUGGAUAAUAGAGCAAGGAAAGACAGGGAAUUACCCCAGCCAUCUUAGAAUAAAUUAAAUAGCCUAUUAAACCAGCCUAAUCUGUCAUCACAGCUACAUAGAGAUAGACACAGGAUAAAGAAGAGUGGUGUGUGUUGAUCACACCAUUAAAAGUCCAUGGAGCAAAAAACAAAUUUGUCAAAUUGCCAAUAUAAAAGAAUAUAAGAAACACCUGACGUGCAUUUCGGAGCUCACAGCGCACCUCUCUCAGGGGGCAAAUAAACGUUUUCCCCCUGACAUAUGUGCAUUGUGAGCACGGAAACAUGUUACUUAUUGUUACUUUUGUUCUUUGGAAGUGUGAAUUGAUGGGUUGGUUAAUGGAUUUAGGGCUAAGUAGCAGAAAAUAAAUACAUUUUAAAAAAUUUAAACUUUUGUUAAUAGGCGUCAUGGCACAUUACUGUUCAUCAGCAAAAGCUUACCCCACUCUUGUGUGUGACUCAGAGACAAUCUGGCAGUCUCUGAUAUAACGCCCCUAAUUCAGUCUUUUAGUGAUCGUGCUCCUAGCUUACCACUAUCUAAAAGGAGGCAUUAAAAACAUACAACUAUUUCUGAUAAAAACAGGGUACACCCUAACUUAAAGGGAUACUCCAGAUACCAAUGCAAUACUUUAAUGCAUUUAAGAGAAUUUUGGCAUUAAUAAUAUAUCUAUAUUUUUUUAAUCAUUUGUUCGUUUCUGCUUCUUUUCCUUUGUUCUGUAUUUUUGCAAAAACAAAAUGUUAAUGAUACAACACAUCCCACACCUUUCCUUUACCCUUACCUUUGCUCCUCCUACUUGCAUUCUGCCUUUAACCAAUCCUGUCUUUGCAUCCAGCACAGCAGGAGGACAAACUACUCCAAGCCAGCUGUGAUAAGGGAAGGAGGGAAGUUAACUCUUAAUUAGUGAUGUCCUGAACGGUUCACGGAACGGUUCGCCACGGACGGCGAACAUAUGCAGUAAACUUUGACCCUGUACCUCACAGUCAGCAGACACAUUCCAGCCAAUCAGCAGCAGACCCUCCCUCCCAGACCCUCCCACCUCCUGGACAGCAUCCAUUUUACAUUCAUUGUGAAGCUGCAUUCUUAGUGAGCUGUCCAGGAGGUGGGAGGGUCUGAGAGGGAGGGUCUGCUGCUGAUUGGCUGGAAUGUGUCUGCUGACUGUGAGGUACAGGGUCAAAGUUUACCGCAUAUGUUCGCCGUCCGCGGCGAACUGUUCGGCGAACCGUUCGGGACAUUACUACUCUUAAUGUGUUCCGUCCCUAUUGGUCAUACACUUUUCCAAUUGUGUAGUUUGUAUAUCCUGAUGUGAAGUGAAAAAUAAAGCCAGUUGCUCCUGCUUGCAUUAAGAAGAAAUUACUUGUCUCUUUUUUUGCUGUAACUAUCCAAGGUCUGCUAUAAUGCAAUUGCUGGUGGAUAAAGCAAUUCCAAGUCCAGGUCAUAGCACUUAGUAUACCGAUCAGCUGUGCAAGUUAAUGCAAGUACCCACAGACAAUAUUAGGCCUUCGGUAAAAGAGAUGCCAGGGCCGUAUUAUCACAAUAAUAUUUAUGGUAAACAAUUUAUGGUAAAAUACACAUCUUUGUGAUGUAAUGACAAUAUAUAUAUUUUUUUAAUAGUUUGCUUUACACACAAUUCUUGAAUUUUUAAACUGAUGCCUAACUUUUAUUGCGCUAAACUUCUUUUUUCUUUCUAUUUCGGCACAUGUAAAAUAUCUGCUAUCGUCCAUGUUUAUUAGAAACACACUAAAUUUAUUGCAGACGUACUCUAGGCAUUGUCAUCAGGGCACCUGUAGCAUUUUGUUGUUUGUCUGCUUACCCUUGCAAUGUCCAUUACUGUUAAAAUGCAUUGUUACAGAAAUGUUUCAACUAAUGAAUGACCCACCGGUGAUUAAUAGCCAGGGCCAACCAUUUAUAUGACAUGCAUUACAUUAAAGUAUUAUCAACAUCAUUAUAUAAGAAGGAAGUAAAUGUCAUAAGGUUAUAAUUAUAAAAUUAUCUUAAAAAUAUACAAAUUAAACACGCAUGAACCCUUUGUUUACAUAGACAUAAUUCAGAAUAUUGUUUUAGUUUUCUAAUGAUAGAUAUGUAUACAAUAAGACAUUUCCAGCGCAUUAUACACUAAACACAGUUGACAAUGUUUCAAAUGAACUGUAAAACUUUACGCAAGACUAAAAGAUGCCAAAAUAAUAAUAUAGAAAGCAAAUAAUGAAAACUAAUGUGAAAAUUCAAAAAAAAAAAAAUCUAAAUAAACUGAAAAAAGAUCAAAGAUGUUUCACUAUUUUGUUUGUUCUAGAAUACCAAAGACCACAGUUUGGAAAAUCAAAAGAAACUAUUUUUGAUUACAUUUUUAAGAAGAGAGAAUUGCCUAUGUGUCCUGAAAUGCCUCCUAAUUUAG